GGCUCCUCUUGGGGAAGGCAGCCAGGACUCGCAUCCCGCUCCUGGUGGGCUGGGGGCUGCUCCGAGAGCGGCGCGGGAGCCCCCGGCCUCUGGAGGCAGCAGUAUGGCUGUUCGGAACGUGCUGGUGACCGGCUGCUCCUCUGGCAUCGGGCUGGCCCUGGCAGUGCGUUUGGCCAGAGAUGAACUGAAGCGAUUUCAAGUUAUUGCCACCAUGAGGAACUUGGAGAAGAGACAAGACCUGGAGAGACAAGCAGGGCCUGUGCUGGAGAAGACCCUGGAAAUCAAGGAGUUGGACGUGACCAGUGAGGAGUCAAUCCGGCGCUGCGUGGGCAGCAUCCCCCAGCGCAGGGUGGACAUUCUCGUGAACAAUGCCGGAAUGGGGAUGAUUGGUCCCAUCGAGAGCCAGAGCGUGGCCUCAAUGCAGCAUCUCUUCAACACCAACUUCUUCGGUUUGGUGCGCCUUAUUCGGGAAGUCUUCCCUGACAUGAAGCGCCGACAACAGGGUCACGUCGUCGUGAUGAGCAGCAUCCUGGGCUUGCAAGGUCUCCUCUUCAAUGAUGUCUACUCUGCCUCCAAAUUUGCUGUGGAAGGUUUCUGCGAGAGCCUGGCCCUGCAGGCCCUGAAAUUUGGGAUCAACAUCAGUUUGAUUGAACCUGGGCCAGUGAUAACAGAGUUUGAGAGGAAACUCUAUGAAGAAGUAGCCAACAUGGAUCUCUCUACAGUGGAUAAAGACACGCUGGAUAUAUUCCAGGGCUUCUACAUGGCCUACUCCAAGGAGGUCUUCACCGCACUGGGGCAGUCUCCAGAUGAGGUGGCUGAGCAUACCAUGAAAGUGAUCACUUCAGAGAAGCCUCCCUUCCGGUACCAGACGAACAGCCUCUACACGCCCAUCACCACCCUCAAGCAUGCCGACCCCAGUGGGAACCUGCCCCUCAACGCCUUCCAUCAGAUGAUCUUCCAACACGAUCGGCUCUUCAAAGCCAGCCUCAGCCUCCUCAAAAUGCUGCAGUGGAGGAAGAGGCGGGACAUGGAUUAUAACAAGUCCCCCUGAGAAGAAGGGGGCAACCCCAGCUUGUAGCCUCUCACUCCCUGGAUAGGACUCACAGCCCUCUUACAGCCUUCCUAGAGAGUUUAGCAUUGAGUCUGGCCCUGACUUCAGUGCUGUAUGUACACCCUGGAGGCAGAGGGUGCCCUACAAGGAAGUAAGGCGAGGCAGCGGCGGAUGCUGAAAGUCUAGCGAGGCUGACUUGGACCAAAUAGAUCUAGUUCAGGGGAUGCAAUCCACUGGGAAGGUGAUUCUCUCUCAUGGUUUCCAUUCAUUUCCAUUUACCUUUGUUCCAAAGAUUUUUUUUUCCAGUGGAUUGUAUGCCAUUUACAUCAAUUAAUAGGAGUGGGGUGCCGUUUAGAUGAUGGUGGUGGUGGCCAUGAUGUUUUUUGGCUCCGGCAUCUGAACAUCUUUGGGCUCAUAAGCCAAUUGGCUCCUGCUGAGAUGCCCUCAAGUUUGCCAGUGAACAGGGGACAAGCAGACCCAGUCUGCUGCUGGAGGGAAGGUCCCCACAUUCUGUGUGGGAUUUGCCUCUGGGUCCUGUCCUGUCCCAACCUUUUAGGCAUCUCGUUAUCAGAUGUGACCCCAAAGGUCAUCUAACCGAAGACAGGCAGCAAGAUUGGGCUUGCGUUUUUGUAAUGGUAAAAUAAAGAGGACCUAGGCCCUCAGGGGUCUCAGUGAAAUGGAAAGUUCCGUGCCCUAUCGGCAUACUCAGAGCAGUUCUAUACAUUAUGCAGAGUAAGGUAGUAUUGUUGAGGCGGUAGCAUUCUGGAUUCUGCCACUUCAUACUUACAUGUAGAAGAGUCACAUUUUUGAAUGCUCCUUUAUGUAAAAAGAAGAAAAAACUCCCUGCACGUAGUGAGCUAGUAUAUCAGUCAGAACAUUUUAGCAUAGUCAUCUCCACUGAUAUCCUAGUUUACUACAUGCAGGGAUUUUUAUAUGUGUGGGAGAAUUUGAAACACAGGAAGCUCACAUAUACCAGGUUAGACUGUGAUCCAUCUAGCGCAGUAAAGUGAAUGUCUGCUCUGAUGGCAUUGCUUUUCCCUUGGGACCUUCUGCAUGCAAUAUCUGUGCUCUACCUCAGAACUAUGGCACCUCCUCUUAAUCCAAAAUAUGAACCUUUUAUCUGUGAGCUAAGCUAGUGGUGACUGUCCAAGAAAGACAUCUUGAGUUUGUGGUGGUUAGCUCAAUGCCAGCCACUGUAAAGAACGCAGAUUCCAUGUUAGGCGUAAUUAGAAAAGGAAUUGAGAACAAAACUGCCAGUAUUGUACUGCCUUUAUACAAAUUUAUGGUCUGACCACCCUUGGAAUACUGCUUACAGUUCUGGUCACCAUACUUUAAAAAAAGAUACUGUAGAGCUGGAAAAAGUGCAGAAAAGAGCAACUAAAAUGAUUAAGGGUCUGGAGUAUCUCCCCUGUGAGGGAAGCUUACAACAGCUGGGAUUGUUGAGCUUGGAAAAAAGGUAAACAAUCUUAGCCAGGGGAGACAUGAUAGAGGUGUACAAAAUUAUGCCUGGUGUGGAGAAUGUGGGCAAGGAGACAUUUUCCUUCUUCUCUCAAAAUUCUAGAACCCGGGGUCAUCCCAUGAAGCUGAUGGGUGGGAGAUUCAGGACAGGUCAAAGGAAGGACUUCUUCACACAGCACAUAGUUAAACUUUGGAAUUCAUUACCAGAAGAUGUUGCGAUGGCCAGCAAUUUGGAUGGCUUUUGGAUGAAUUCCUGGAGUUGGCAGUAGCUAACAAAGGCUACUAGUCCUGAUGGCUAUGUGCCACCUCCAGUAUCAGAGGCAAUAAGCCUAUCUGCACCAGUUGCUGGGGAACAUGGGUGGGAGGGUGCUUUUGCACUCAUGUCCUGCUUGUGGGUUCCUGGUUGACAGCUGGUUGGUGACUGUGGGAACAGAGUGCUGGACUAGAUGGACCCUUGGUCUGAUCCAGCAUCAGGGCUCUUCUUAUGUUAUUAUCCAGAAUUUGGUCACCUUUACUACGGGAUGGAACCUCUUUCAGCCCAAAGGCUGAAAAGUUUCUCCAUUUUGGAGAAACUCUCACAGGACCACAUUCCAGUUGUGGAAGAGGGCAAAGGAGGUGGGCCCAAAAAACCCAGCAUAUUUUAGCUUACAGCUCUGUGUGUCAAGAAAGGUUAUAUACCCCUGGCCUCACUCUGCAUAACGUAUGGAUUGGCUCUGAGAUGUAUUUACUCUGUUCUAAAGCAGCAGUAUAACUGGGAGUCUGGGCACCUACCUGAAUGCACUCCGCUUAUUUCAUUCCUACUGAAGGUGUUUUAGCAAUUUGUGACUGUCCCGGACCAGCAGCUUUGGGAACAAAGAAGCCAUCUCAAGGAUGUGCCUAUUGAAGCAGCUCUUAAGACUGAAAAAAGUGUUCUUCCAGACAGAGGGCUUCCAUGCUACCAAGCAAAAGACGCCGUGCAUCUAUUCUGUCUUUUCCUCAAUGAGGUUUUUUUUUGGGUGGGGGAAAAAAAAAGAUGGAAGAAGUGGUGGGAAAAAUAUGGAUGGGUCACAGGUAGAAAAUGACAUUAUCUGGACCCUGUGAAAUUCUAGGAGUGAGGCAGGGCUAAAUAAAGGGAAGUCGAAUGGCAGUUCUUAAACUUUAUUUUUUUCUGGAAAAGAAAUUGAGUAGAGGGACCAAUAAUGUCAACAAGGGAGGGAAAGAAAUGAAAGGCAGCAUGGAGCAAAAUGCAUGAUGAUGCGAAUAGGAGGGAAGAUGGGAGCAAGGAUGUGCGGGGAAGGAUGAAAAAUAAAUCUGCUUUAUUUUGGAUUUGCAAACAACUUUGGAAAUACAGUGAUAAAACUAAAUAUCGGUGGGAACUGGAGGGGGCCGAUGAAGACUCCAAGGAGCGGCGAAUAACAAGGGAACAAGUAGACAGAUAAACCAAAUAGCCAUUGGAGAAAAUAUCUUUAAGGGCAGGUGUUGAAACGCAUCAAGGUGUGUGGUCUGAGAGGAUUUUCUGCAGUAUUGCAAGGGACUCCAAAGCACACCUCUCAGACUGUGCAAAGCUGCUACUUGGCCCAGCAGUGUGGUUUGAAAGCUAGUGUGGUGCAUGGGAGACUGGUGGGCUUGAAUUAGAGGAGAGCCAGUUCAAAUUUUUGCUCUUUUAUGAAGCACACUGGAUCAUCUUGGGCUGGUCACUGCUGGCCUAACCCAGCUCACAGGCUUAUAAUGAGGAAAAAACAGAGGGGAGAGAGAGAGAUGCUGGCCUUAGUUCCUUAGACCAAGAGUAGGAUAAAAAAAUGUCUUAAUAAAAAUUACCCUAAGUAGGGCUUGUCCCUACCGUUCUUUCGUUUUUGAAUUUCCUUUCCCCCAAACACUUUUCAUUGUGAAUGGAAUAAAGAUUGUGUAAACCCAUUGAGGAGUGGACGAAUUAGGUCAUCAGAAUUACCCUGGAGGAAAAAAGGUAUAUGUGAUUUGGGAAUGGGGGAGGGGGCAGUAUUUGAAUUUCCAGUUUAUGGGCAUUGACUAGUUUUGAUGAGAAGCUGCCUAACAUUCCAAUCCUACAUAUGUUUACUCAGAGGUAAGUCUUAAGUUCAAUGGGACUUCCAGGUAAGUGUGUAUAGGAUUGCAGCUUUAGUUUUGCACAUUUCACCAUUCGGUAGUCUGUUAAAUAAAUACUUAUAUACUGGA